AUGAAUCAACUCCACUUUCCAUGGGGUUUGUGUGUUGAUAAUAAUCACACUAUCUACAUUGCUGAUUUUUACAAUCAUCGUAUUGUGGAAUGGAAAUGUGGUGCGACGACUGGUCGAGUUGUGGCUGGUAGUAACGGACUUGGAAACCGUCUUGAUCAGUUCAACAGUCCGAGAGAUGUGAUAAUCGAUAAACAAACAGAUAGUCUUAUCGUUUGUGAUCGUGGCAAUCAAAGAAUUAUUCGAUGGUCUCGUCAUAAUGGUACAAAUGUGGAAACGAUCAUCACAAAUGUUGGAUGUUUUGGCUUGACAAUAGAUGAUGAUCGAUUUCUCUAUAUUGUCGACCAUGACAAACAUGAAGUCAGACGAUAUCGAAUGGGAGAAAGUCGAGGAAUAGUGGUUGCUGGUGGAAAUGGACAAGGAAAUCGUCUUGAUCAGUUGAGUCAUCCGGCAUACGUCUUCGUCGAUCGGUAUCAUUCAGUUUAUGUAUCAGAUUACAGUAAUCAUCGUGUGAUGAAGUGGAUGAAAGGUGCGAAACAAGGCAUUGUUGUGGCUGGUGGUCAAGGUCAAGGAAAUAGUCUUACACAAUUAUCAAAUCCUGGCGGAGUUGUCGUGGAUCAAUCAGGUACUGUCUAUGUGGCUGAUGGUUGGAAUCAUCGAAUAAUGCGUUGGUCUCAAGGAACCACAGAGGGUAGUGUCAUCAUUGGUGAGGAUGGUUGCGGCAGUCAAUCUAAUCAACUCUAUUAUCCCACUGGCUUAUCAUUUGAUCGAGAGGGCAAUCUCUAUGUGAGUGAUCAAGGAAAUCAUCGCAUACAAAAGUUCAACAUAGAUUGA